ACAAAUCAAUGUUGGGUGUUUUUAGGAAUGAAUUCUUAAGUGUAUCUUGUAGAGAGAUAAUGGUAGAGAGAGUGGAGAGCCCUCCAAGAGCUCUUUUGAAGAGCCAACCAAUGUACGUGCUCUUAGUACCAAAUGAGGUUGGUAUGAGUGGUUAAGGGCCUCUUGCUCCUUAACCAAGGUCUCGGGUUCGAGUCUUGGGAUUGGAAAAAAUCUCAACUGGGAGAGAUGCUGCCCAUCGAGUUAUCCAUGCAAACUCCCACGGGAGAUUAUCUCGCCAAAGACGGUGGGAACUCCUCACAGUAGAACCAAAAAAAUAAUAUUCGUAAGUUAGUUAAUGAUUGUAAUAUGUAAUGAAUCGUUAUUUAGUGAAAUCAAUUAUCAUUCCAACAACUACACCAACAAAAAGAAUUAAUGAACGUAGGACGACUCGAAUUUGACACAUUCAUGUUCUUAUUAAUGCAAUUGUACUCUAUUGUUUAUAUUUAGGCUCCGUUUGGUAUGACGUAAAAUGGUAAAACGUUAAUUUUUCCCCUUUCAAUCAUUUUACUUUGUUUGGUUGGGUAAGGGAUGGAAAACAAAUUUUCAUGACUCCCUCCAAGGUGGAAAAGGGAUCACAAGAGAACCUAUUGCCGUUGUGAGUCAAAUAUGUUUGCACCUCAGGCAUAUCACGAUAACCGGGUUUUGUCAGUUUUCUUAAACUAAAUGGCGACUCCUAACUUUUCCUACUUACCUCCUUACCCCUCUCCUUUCUUCCCCUCAAUCUUUACCAUCUUCUCCCAUUUUCCUUUAAGGUACCAAACAAAACAAAAUUAAUUUAAAUUGUGUUUACAAUGAAAACGUUUUACGUCCUACCAAACGGAGCAAAAUACGGCCCAACUAUAAUUGUGUAUCAAAUCAUCCUAAUGAGGCUUAUGGUUCAAGACUUCAAGACAGUCCAUGUUUAAUUUAAUUCUUUUUUUGGAAGGUUAUUUAAAUAUUUUCUUGAAAAAAAGUUGAAUAGAAAAUAAAACGGCAUCAGUUCCUUUUUCCAUGGCUUUGUUUCGAUUAAUAAGCUCAAGUAUUGUUCUGUAAUACUGAUUCAGGCGAUUAUAUUUUUACAGGGACUUUACAACGAUAUCUAAGAUAGAAGUAUGGCUCCAGCUGAAAAUCGAAAGAGAAGAGUAGCAUUUGUGCUGACUGAUGGCUUAGGAGACGUGUCUAUCCCAAAAUUCGGGUUUAAGACACCGUUGCAAGUGGCUAGAGUGCCCAAUCUGGACGCUAUUGCUUCAGCUGGAGUAAAUGGGCUCAUGGAUCCUGUUGAACCUGGUUUGGGUUGUGGGAGUGACACUGCCCAUCUUUCUUUAUUGGGAUAUGAUCCAAGGGUAUAUUACCGUGGAAGAGGUGCAUUUGAGUCAAUGGGUGCCGGAUUGGCUAUGUCACCUGGGGAUAUUGCAUUCAAGUCAAAUUUUGCAACCUUGGAUGAGAAAACAGGUGUCGUCACCAGUAGAAGGGCUGAUAGGCAUUUUGAAGAGGAGGGGCCUAUCCUUUGUGCUUCCUUGGAUAGGAUGAAACUUCCAUCCUUUCCCGAGUAUGAAGUUAGGGUCAGGUAUGCCACAGAGCACAGGUGUGGAGUGGUUGUGAAGGGACCUAAGUUAAGUGGGAAUAUUUCAGGAACUGACCCCUUGAAAGAUAACCGCUUACUUCUAGAAGCCAAGCCCUUGGAUGAUACUGAAGAAGCGAAACACACAGCUGUAGUUGUGAAUGAAGUAUCUAAGGAGAUUUCACGAAUACUUAUUUCACAUCCGCUGAAUGCUAAGAGAUUAGCAGAGGGAAAGAGCAUUGCUAAUGUUGUCCUGUUGCGAGGUUGUGGUAUCCGAAUCGAGGUACCACCAUUUGUAAAGCAGCACAACCUGCGACCGUGCAUGGUUGCUCCCACUAAGAUCAUUGCUGGUCUAGGGUUGUCUCUUGGCAUUGAUAUCCUUGAAGCUCCUGGGGCAACAGGAGACUAUCGAACCCUGCUAACUUCCAAAGCCACUGCAAUCGCCAGGGCUCUCUCAGCUCCUUUAAACUCUUGCCCAAAUGUUUUUGUCCCUGGAGGGGAUGAGCACAAACCUGGUUAUUCAGAUGGAUACGAUUUUGGGUUUCUGCAUAUUAAGGCAAUAGAUGAUGCGGGCCAUGAUAAAGCAAGUGUUUUGAAAGUCAAAGGAUUAGAAGCUGUUGAUAAAGCAAUAAGGCAGUUAGCUAAGCUCCUUUGGCAAGCUGAAUCAACAGGAAAGUUUGAAUACUUCCUUUGUGUAACCGGGGACCACUCUACACCAGUCGAAUAUGGGGACCACAGCUUUGAACCCGUUCCUUUCACAUUGUGUCGAUUGAGAGACUUUGUUGGUGCAAUAGGUGGUGAAUCAAUCCUGAUGGAAACUUCCCUCGAACCUUUCCCUCUUCCAACUGUGAAAGCAGGGGAGGAUCUAGCAGAAGAGUGCCUCCUAUGCGGUGAUGAAGUAACAAAGGCCUCAGUGAAGGCUUUUUGUUGUGAUUCGGUUUCUGAGUUGAGUGAGAUUGCUGCAGCAAGGGGUUGUCUUGGCCGUUUUCCUGGGAGUGAGAUGAUGGGAAUUAUCAAAGCGUUUCUCAAACUGAAAUCAUAAUCUUCUCUUACAGGAAGAAUAAGGUAAUUGGCUAAUUUCAGGGCACUGGUUGAAAUUCACUGAUAAUCAUGAUAUCGUGUUCUGCAAAUCGAAUAUUCCGCUUCUGAUGCUGUUGUACCAACCGCUUUCACAUCCUGAGGGUUAGAUACUGACUUUGAAGCUCCAAUACGUACAUACUGGCAUACUGCAUUCUCAUCCUCAGAGUUCAGAUACUUGUAUCCUUCUGGGAUUUCUUGUCAGAAGAAUCUGAUUUUCUUGUUCUUCUUCAUAAGAGAGUACAAACUUGAGUGUAUUACUACAUGUCAUACUGUUAUUUCUGGUUUUAAUAAAUAAAUUUAUAUCCCAAAAUGACACUGGAUUGAAAAUGUAUAUGCCUCACUUCUUUACUGUUGUAAAAGGUUUAAUUACAAAUUCUACAUGCUCCUUCCGUUA